ACGCAGAGGAUGCUUUUCCCGCGUGCGCGUCCCCGCGUCCCGCCACCGGAAGCCGCGCACAGAACAUAGAGAGGAGGAGCCGGCUAGAGGGGCGCGAUCCAGGCCCGCCUGUGAGGCGGUCACAUAGAGCGUCCCCAGCUCGGGAGGACCUGUGGGAGGUGAGGGCGCAGUGCGUCGGCGCGCCCUACGCCGUGGAAUUCAACUAGAAAAGAGAGGCACAUGGGGUCUUUAGAAAGCUACAGACACCCUUUCCGUGGAGGACUAGGUUCUAAAGGGAAGUUGUGGAGCUUUACUUCAUCAGACUCUCCACACGUGUGUGUCUGUGUUGGAACGAUGCAUGCCCCUAUCUCUCUCCUGCACAGUAGGGGUUUCUGUGGAGUACAAAAGAGUCUGUGAAAGAAGCAGAAAAAUAUUUAAAGCUCAUGGAGAGAAAUGACCCUUCCCACCAGAUGCAAAGAGAAUGCUGGUGUUGGUGUCCUUGUGACCGUACUGCUCUCUAGCUGUGCCCUGUCAAGUGGGAUUGGUCCCUUUUUGAAGUGACUUCACUGCCUGCACCCGAAAACCUCACAUCCAUAACUGCAAUUUAUGUUCUCCUGGAAGAGGCUGGCAAACGGCCAUAUCAAGUUCAAGUGCUGGUGUCAGAUUCACCUUGGAGCCGGAACUGAUUUGAAACCCCAUCAGUCCCGGAUUGCGAAAGCUAGGCCCUUCUCAUAUAGUCCCAAGGUGCGUGUUGCAAAAUCAGAGACCAGACCGGGAGGAGAUGUUUCAGUUCAUCUAAUCCAACCUCCUUUUGCAGUUAGAAAAACUGAGGCCCCAAAAGGAGUUCUUAAGGUCUCAGUGAGCUGGUGAGGAAGCUGGAGACUAAAACCCAGAUCUCCUUACCCCAGUCCAGUCAGUCAUAAUGACAGUGAUGCUGCAUUCAGAAUACUUGAUAACGUGCCCUGCAUGACAUUAGGACCGAAAAAACCAAAGUUGUUGCAGUCGAGGACUUCAACUCAUAACAACCCAUUAGGACAGAAUAUUUAAAUUCAAGGUUUCCCUAACAAUCUGACUGAAAACAGCUAGCUUGCUCACUCUGUCCUGGGAUUGAGAUGACAGGAAUGCACCAAUGCCACCUGAACUCAUACCUUUAACUUCUGUGUAGUGGCUGUUCCAGCACAAUCUAGAAACAUAAAUUCAAUUGAAUCCAAUAUAAGGGCUUAUUAUUAACCCAACAUGUUUCUAGGCUUCCAGCAAACUGGUGAGCAAGAUGGAAGUAGCCCCAACCUUCCAGGAACACGUAAUCUAAUGAAUGAUUCACAUACUAAAAAAAAAAAAAUGUGAUAACUGCCAUGCUACAGGUAAAGCUUCAGUUACUGCCAACUGGAGUUAGAAAUGUGUGAUUCUGUACUCACUCCCUUCCAAGAGACCGUGCAAGAGACCCUCCCCCCGCCCCCAUCCCAUGCUAUUGGAGGCAACUGGGAAGGCAGGGGAUGGCUGCAGAAUUGGGUAGCUUUAGGCAUACACUCAGGAAUGAAGGGGCUACUCAGCUAAGGGAGGCUGUGAAGUGGCUGGGGGAUGGGACAUUGCAAGGGGCUUUAGAGAGAGCGGUGAGCUGCAGUGAAGGAGAAUGGAACAGAAACUGUAGACAGAAUGCAGAUAAAACAUGAGUCCCAGAGGACCCUACUAGCCAGCUGCAUCCCAGGCAAUCAGGAGCCCAGGACUGGAGACCCACCCCUGCCGUGACAUCACGGGGGAGUGGGGUGGAGACAAACAAAAAGGGGGUCCUCCGCCCUGGCCCUAGACUCUUGGCAGCCCAGAUUGUCAAUAGCAGAGAGAGCCUGGGCACUGGGCUUAAAAGAACAGGCUCCCCGUCCCCAACCCUCUCUCAGCUGCCCCAUCCAGGCCACCAUCUCUGUCUCCCUGCCCUGAAGACCCCUCCCUCCUGAGGCUGCUGUUUGGCUCCUUCUGGGUGGCCCCUGUGCACACCCUCAGCAUGAACUGCAUAUCAGACUUCUUCACCUAUGAGACCACCAAGUCGGUGGUUGUGAAGAGCUGGACUAUUGGGAUCAUCAACCGGGCCGUUCAGCUUCUGAUCAUCUCUUACUUUGUGGGGUGGGUUUUCUUGCACGAGAAGGCAUACCAAGUACGAGACACAGCCAUCGAGUCCUCCGUGGUCACCAAGGUGAAAGGCUUCGGACGCUAUGCCAACAGAGUCAUGGAUGUGUCCGAUUAUGUGACCCCACCCCAGGGCACCUCUGUCUUUGUCAUCAUCACCAAAAUGAUUGCUACUGAAAACCAGAUGCAAGGAUUCUGCCCAGAGAGCGAGGAGAAGUACCGCUGUGUAUCCGACAGCCAGUGCCAGCCUGAGCGCUUUGCGAGUGGGGGGAUCCUCACUGGCCGCUGCGUGAACUACAGCUCCACGCUCCGCACCUGUGAAAUCCAGGGCUGGUGCCCCACCGAGGUGGACACUGUGAAAAUGCCUGUCAUGAUGGAAGCCGAGAACUUCACUAUUUUCAUCAAGAACAGCAUCCGUUUCCCCCUCUUCAACUUUGAGAAGGGAAACCUCCUUCCCAACCUGACAGCCGCUGAUAUGAAGACAUGCCGCUUCCACCCUGACAAGGCCCCCUUCUGCCCUAUCUUGCGAGUGGGGGAUGUGGUCAAGUUUGCCGGGCAGGACUUUGCUAAACUGGCCAGCACGGGUGGAGUCCUGGGCAUUAAGAUCGGCUGGGUGUGCGACUUGGACAAGGCCUGGGACCAAUGCAUCCCCAAGUACACCUUCACCCGGCUUGAUGGCGUUUCUCAGAAGAGCAGCAUCUCCCCAGGCUACAACUUCAGGUUUGCCAAGUACUACAAGAUGGAGAAUGGCAGCGAGUACCGCACACUCCUGAAGGCUUUUGGCAUCCGCUUUGAUGUACUGGUGUAUGGGAACGCUGGCAAGUUCAACAUCAUCCCCACCAUCAUCAGUGCUGUGGCAGCCUUUACCUCCGUGGGAGUGGGGACUGUCCUCUGUGACAUCAUCCUGCUCAACUUCCUCAAGGGGGCCGACCAGUACAAAGCGAAGAAGUUUGAGGAGGUGAAUGAGACGAUGCUGAAGGUCGCAGCCUCAGCCAACCCAGUGUACCCCAGCGACCAGACCACAGAGGAGAAGCAGUCCACAGACUCAGGGGCCUACUCCAUCGGCCACUAGUGCCUCUUCCCGGGGCCCCAUUCUCACCCUAGGGCUCCAGGCCUCCACAGGGAACCUCACCUGGGCAGGGGGAGAGGUGAGAGGCCUCAUUUCCACU